UUCAGGAUAAGAGUCACAGACGGAGGACCGCUCAAAGAAGCGGUCGAGCGUAACAGUCUAGUUCAAGCCCCCGCCGGUUUUUGGGCGGCGUCGCCGCGGACGUCGGCCUCCACGACUGGGGUUGUAUCUAGGCAAAUCGCCGGCGGAUUCGGCGGUGGUGGUGGCGGUUUCGGCGGCGGCGGCGGUGGAGGCAGUGGAGGUUUCGGCGGCGGUGGUGGACCCGGGUUCGGCAAGAGGCCAAACCAGCCUGGGUUCGGUGGUGCUGGCGGUAACUUCGGAGGCGCUGGUGGCAACUUCGGAGGCGCCGGUGGCAAUUUCCAAGGCGGUCCUGGCGGCAAUUUCCAAGGCGGUCCUGGCGGUAAUUUCCAAGGCGGUCCUGGAGGUAAUUUCGGAGGGCACGGCGGCGGUCACCUGCCGCCGCCUCCACCACCACCAGUGGUACCUCCACCGUUGCCUAAGCCCCCAAGACCCCCUAGGAGGAUCAUAUUCGCACUGUGGUCAUGGUGCAAGAACGACAACGAACGGAGUUUAGUUUACGCCUCGGCCUCCUGGCUUACUGCCGUCGCCAAACUAACUGGAGGCAUAACACCACAAGGAAUCACUUGCCAAUUGGGCGAAGUUUAUUGUUGCGGUGGCGGCGAAGGUGGCGGUGGCGGAAUCGACCCGUACCCACCAGGUACUUGUGGCGUCCAGAGAAACUUCUACUAUCGAUCUCCUUACGGCCAGGCUGAUUACGGAGAAUAUCCGUGGCAAGCACUCAUCUUAGAUUCUCAAGACGGAUUCGUCGGAGGUGGUGUGCUCAUCAACAACGGUCAUGUUUUGACUGCGACACACAAAAUUUAUGAUUAUUACAUCAACAACAGGCUUGGAGAUAUCGUAAAAAGUCGAAAAGGAUGUUACCUAGAUAACGGCGGCGGAGGUGGUGGUGGUCACCAUGGAGGUGGCAACGGAUUCGGGGGUUCUGGGGGAUCCAAUGGAUUUGGUGGCAACCCCGGAAAUAUCGGAAGUGGAUUCGGCGGAAGCGGAGGAGGAUCAUAUUCGCACUGUGGUCAUGGUGCAAGAUGCUGUUGCUUGCCUCAAAUCAAAUGCGGAGCCGGAGGACCGAAUGACGGCAGCGGUUUGAUUGACCUCCGUAUUGUCAACAAACCGCCACAAGGAAUCACUUGCCAAUUGGGCGAAGUUUAUUGUUGCGGUGGCGGCGAAGGUGGCGGAGGCGGAAUCGACCCGUACCCACCAGGUACUUGUGGCGUCCAGAGAAACUUCUACUAUCGAUCUCCUUACGGCCAGGCUGAUUACGGAGAAUAUCCGUGGCAAGCACUCAUCUUAGAUUCUCAAGACGGAUUCGUCGGAGGUGGUGUGCUCAUCAACAACGGUCAUGUUUUGACUGCGACACACAAAAUUUAUGAUUAUUACAUCAACAACAGGCUUGGAGAGCUGAAGGUGAGAUUGGGCGAUUGGGACGUCGGCGGCAACAACCCGGAAGAGAAGUUCCCAUUCCAAGAACGCCGGGUUGCUCGGAUCUUGAUCCAAGAUGGGUUCAAUAUCAACAACGUGUACAACAACCUUGCCAUCUUGUACCUGGCCCGGCCUGUUGAAUACACCCCUGUCAUCGGCCCUGUUUGUCUCCCACCGUUUGAAGCCCGCAACUUUGACGGACAGCUUUGCUGGACGGCAGGCUGGGGCAAAGAUGCCUUCGGUCACAAAGGAGAAUUCCAAGCAAUUCUCAAGGAAGUUGAUGUGCCAGUUCAAAAUCCUCAAACUUGCCAGAAUCUCUUGGGACACGUUUUGUCGACUCCAGGUCGUCCAUACAAAUUCAACGCCAGGCAGCACAUUUGUGCUGGUGGAAUCGCAGGAAAAGAUGCGUGCGACGGUGACGGAGGAAGUGCAUUGGUGUGCCAGAACCAGUUCGACAAGAAAUUUUACCUCGCUGGCAUCGUCGCAUUCGGUGUCGGUUGUGCUCAGCCUGACGUUCCCGGAGGAUAUGUCAACGUCGUCACAUUCAACGAGUGGAUCAGGCACAACACUGGCUAUCACUGAAAUCAAAUUUAAAAUCAAUUCGAAUAAGCGAUUUGAAUGUUCGAUCCUUGGAGAUUCAGCGCAAAGCCCCGUGUAUUGUUUCGAGACUGAUGCUCGCUCAGUCACGCGGAAUAAAUUAAUGAUCAUCCGAAAAUAAAUCAAUUUUCUUGCCUUCAAAA